AGCACACCUGCGGUUCUCCGCGGCAGAGGAGGCCUUCUAUGACGUCAUUCUUGGGGAGACGCGCCGGGCCUUCGAUGAGAUGACCUCACACCAGCGCCAACAGCAGCAGCAACAACAACAAGAUCAAGAGCAGCAGCAACAAGACCAACAAGAUCAAGAGCAGCAACAGCAACAACAAGGUAGCCAGCAGCAGCAGCAGCGGCCUGCAGACGGCCCCGUUGACCUCACGGGAGACGAUGACCCGGUUUACCAGGGUCGGGACGGGGGGCAUGCACACGCUACCCACGCUAACGGCACUGCUGCUGCUGCCGGGGCGGAGAAGAAGAAGCACCCGCGGACAACCAACAGGCGCCGUCGAGACCGCGGUGCCGAGCUGGUCCAGGAGGCUCACGGCGAGCUGCACCAACUGCGACUAGCCUGUGUGCACCCCAAGCUAACCCGCUACUGGCGACA